GUGUGCUGGCUCCACACAGCUUCACCGGCGGACCUGGCCAGCGUGGUCACGAGAACAUGCUAAGCGCUAUCAAUUCCUGGUCGACGGAUGUCCAGAUGCGCGUCUAUGGAGCUUAUAUCCGGCUCCUCGCUCAUGGUGCCGCAAGACUUUGUCGUGUAUCGCAAGCCAGCGAGUUCCUCUUCUAACAAUUGCGAACGCCGUAGCUUUUCCUCAAUCAUUUUGCUGUCAAUAUGUCCGUGUCGGGGUCGGAUAGUGAAGCCGAGCCUAGCAGCCGGGCGAGCGCAUACGUGGCGCACGUGCAUACGGGACCGAGUUUAGCUGCUGCGCUUCGGGCUCACACCUCUCAGCCGCCCAUUGUCGACUAUACCACGCAAAGUCUAGAGGAAGAAGACAGGUUCCAGAGCUUCGUAGCAAGCGUGUAUUCGUUCCCAGCCGGCAAUGAGAGCGUUCCGAGGGUUGUUCCCAAGCGACGAGAUUCCGGGACCGACUCGAUGGCUGUGACACACAGCCGCUCCGCAACGCUCGACAGUCUAAGUUCGUCAAAACGUACGCCGUCUUUGCGGUCGGGAAGCACUGCGGAAACCGUGUCGACAGUGAAAACACCGUCGGAUGCGGACUCUUUCGGGCAGCCAAGCAUCCUAGUAGAAGUCGACGGCGCACUCGGGCUUCCGGAUGACUCGACACGGCUCAGCUGUCCGUACCGUUUCCUCAACUGUCAUAUCACGUGUGAUGACAUAGCGGAGUGGGACACGCACUGUCGCUCCCACUUCCGCGGUACCUUACCCAGGACUGCCCGCUGUGACUUCCAUGGGUGCGAUUGGGCCAUGACUGCUUCGUCUGGCGACGAGGCUUGGAGCCAUCGGCUGCGGCAUCUGAACCUUCAUCAUCCGGCUCAAAGAGUUGUUGUCAGGCGGGAAAGGGCUGAUCAGGCCAUGAUCGGCUGGCUGUGGCAGGCCAGGGUCCUUCAGGGGCCCGCGAUGACCGAGCUGAGACAGCAUGGUCAGCUAGGCGAAAGCACGAGUGCUUAUCUUGUGACAGCGGAUCCCAGGCGCGACCGGCGACGACAGGUGAGGAUCGAUGCAGACACCAAUCCGGUGGUCUGUCCAGUCUUUACUGACGAUUGUGUAGGUGCCAUCAUCGAACAGCCGAAGGACGCAGUGAUGAACCUGAACCGUGCUUUCUCGGACUAAUGCGUACACAUGCACGAGGAUGAAGUACUCUGGACAGCAUGACUUGACGGGUGUGGUCACUACGGCGUUGUCGUGGCGUCUAUCCAGGAUGGUUUCCUUUCUAAUGAUACCCCGGCUCUUGCGAUAGGAUAGCCCUUUGGGAUACUUUGCAUUCGAGCAACAACGAGCACAUUAACGAGAGUGGUUUCAUGCACAGUAUGAGCGAACAACAGACUGGAUUGAGGACUGAAGAGAUGUAGUCGAAGAUUGACAUGCCUAAGGCAACAUAGGCUACUCAACGAGGCGCACCAUACUCUCUACUUGUACGAGUCUACGACCCAAUACGAUUGCCACGAUGCAACCGACCCACAAGCUCUGACUGUGUUGGCCACCAUGGUAUCGUUGCUAGCGUAUGGGAAAAAGUCGAGGCCGAACCGGAAGCAUCCCCGGCCAGCACAGC